GACGACAUCCAGAGGUUCCGCCGUCAGCUGUCUGUCUAUGACGAUCCAUCACUGAGGAGGAUAUACGAGUAUUACAGAGAUGAUCUGAUCUACAUCCUGGAGAACAUGGACACCGGGCUCCUCCUGAAGGAACUCAGAUCUCGGAAUGUCUUCAGCACAGAUAAGUUCCUGGCCAGGGAAAAACACAUGAGCCGGGCCGCCUUCUCUCACACCUUGUUACAAGAUAUUGAGGAGUGGGGAAGAGAAGCCGUGAUUGGAUUCUGGGAAUGUCUCUGUGCGCUACAGGAAGAUCGUCAUCAUCCGAAUUUAUUGGCCGUUCUGGAAGAAAUCAGCCUGACAGGUGAGGCUCUGGUGGAUCAGAUUCUGCUGGAUGAGUAUGGUCACUCGCUGACUCCGGAGCUGAGAGAUAUUCAGGAAAAGCACAAACAUCAUCUGAUGAUGAGAAGACUGAGACUCUAGUGGAGCAUAGACCCCCAGGAACUACCCUGGAACCACAAAGAUUC